AUGACUCGUCUGCUGAAUAUCUUCGCAACCAUCGCCGGUGUCCUGAGCACCCAGGCUGAUCCUUCCGCUGACGAUCUAGUUGCAAACUUCACGGCCCUCCUUGGUAAUCCGGAUGUCCACAAGUUCAUAGACAAAGCCCUGAUGGAGGCUCCUCCACCGCCUAACCCCAAUAGUCGUGAGCUGGAUGAGGUUCUCGGAGACGGAGAUCUUGCAAGUGGAAGGGGUCGCUACCGGUUCUGUUCUAAAUGCAAAACCAUUCACAGUACGGCCAUCAACGCGUAUUUCAUCCAGCAGAUCACUGAGAUUUGCCGGAGAUCUGGACCUGACCCAGGCCCCAGGUCACCUGGGAGAGAUCACUUCUCACCCACCGACGAGUUCUGUGAUCACCUCAAGAAGGGAAUCGCCUCGCUCGACCAGUUCUUGAACGGUUACAUCUUCAUGCGCUCCCGUGCUCUUCAACUCGCCACCACUGCAUGCAUCGGCACUAAGCAGUGUCCGACCCAUGACGCCUACAACUCUUUCUUCAAUCCCAUCGUCCCCGGACGACUCGUUGACUUCACCAGAUUCGAGUAUUGCCCAUAUCAACCUUUCCACAGCGACAGGGAUUGUUUCGAAAAGGUCUCGAAUAAGAUGCUGGAGUUCGCCGUCCGCCAGGUGGAGUGUGCAUGUGGAGACUAUGGAAAUAAGGAUCUAGAAGAGUUUUGCGGGUAUGUUGCAACUGAUGAGCACUUCGGCCAAGGUCUGGUUCUCGGCUUUGUGGGUGUCUUCGAGCUAGCCGUUGGUUAUUGUAUCGCCGACCAAUGCCAUUAG